GUGCAAUAGCGGAACGAGAAUUUUGCAACACUGGAGGGCAGCUUUGAAAGGCGAGCUCGCGCCUGCGCAGUGGGUGACGUUGAUGUCACGUCCCAGACUCUGGGUGCCGGUUUUGCCAGCAGAGGCGAGCCCUUCAGUGACUUGCCUUCCUAACGCUAAAGAUGGCUGAUCCUUGGCAAGAAUGCAUGGACUUUGCCGUUCCUUUAGCAAGAAAAGCCGGAGAGGUAAUUCGAGAGGCACUGACAAAGGAGAUAGCUAUCAUGAUUAAAAGUUCCCCAGCAGAUCUGGUGACAGUCACUGAUCAAAAAGUGGAAAAUAUGAUAAUUUCUUCUAUCAAAGAAAAAUACCCAUCUCACAGCUUCAUUGGAGAAGAGUCUGUUGCAGCUGGUGCAGGAAGUACUUUAACUGAUAAUCCUACUUGGAUUAUUGACCCUAUUGAUGGAACGACUAACUUUGUGCACAGGUUUCCUUUUGUGGCUGUUUCAAUUGGAUUUGUUGUAAAGAAACAGAUGGAAUUUGGGAUUGUGUAUAGCUGCAUAGAAGACAAAAUGUAUACUGCCAGGAAAGGAAAAGGGGCAUUUUGCAAUGGACAAAAACUUCAAGUAUCAAAACAAAAUGAUAUUACAAAAGCCCUCUUAGUGUCAGAGCUGGGAUCCAACCGUGAUCCAGAAGUUAUAAAAACAGUUCUUGCUAACAUGCAGAGGCUCCUCAGCAUUCCUGUUCAUGGGAUAAGAGCAGUUGGGACAGCAGCUGUAAAUAUGUGCCUGGUGGCCACAGGAGGAGCUGAUGCCUAUUAUGAGAUGGGGAUUCAUUGCUGGGAUAUGGCUGGAGCUGGAAUUAUCAUUACUGAAGCAGGUGGUGUGCUCCUCGAUGUCUCAGGGAAGCCAUUUGAUUUGAUGUCAAGAAGAAUAAUUGCUGCAAAUAGUCAAGUACUGGCAGAACGAAUUGCAAAAGAGAUUCAAGCCAUUCCAUAUCAAAGAGAUGAUGCAACAGAUUAAUGUCUAAAUGGCAUCUUCAACAUGCCGAACAAUUUGUCAGCUGGUCUGAAUACUUCGAACAAGCUUUGUGCGUGAAGCAUACCCUUUGCACUUGAGUAGUUUAGCAGGCAAGCCUAGGAUUGGUAUUUGAAAUCCUGACAGUUUAAAGCCUGAAUCUUAAAUCCUAGCCACUUUCAAAGCUUUUUUUUUUUUCAAAGUUUCUUUCCUCUUGUGCAAAUGGCACAUGGUCAUUUGGAAAAUGAUUGUUAAGUGUUGUUUCUCAGUCUCUGAAAGGUGACAUAUUUGGGAAGUCAGGACAAGAUUAUUUUAAUCCAGUGUUUCAUAUUUUGUACAUGUACCAUAUAAUUUAUUAAUAGUUCAGCCCCAGUAUCCUUCACAGCAAGAUUGUUGAACCUAUGUAUACUGAUUGUUGUAUACAUUCUGUUUUGUGCAUUUUCUAUUCCCCACCACAAAAUUAUUUCAAAAAAUUUAGAAUAGGGAAUGUAUGCCCCUCUAGAUGUUGGACUGUAACUCUGAUGAUUCCUGGUCAUUGGCUUUCCUGACUAGAAUUGCUACGAAACUACAUCGGAGGGAUCACUUUGUUAUGGUUAAAUAUUUUAAUAAAAGAAUGAAGGAAAAAAUCCAGAAGUGAUUAAUAAAUGUAUGGCUACAAAUUCACAAGUA